GGAUUUGCCGUCUAAUAUUCCACCGUCCUCUAGUCCAGAAUGUCGUAUAUCAAGGUCUCCGGAACGAAGCUUGUUGACGGGAACGGGAAGGAGAUCAUUCUCCGGGGUGCUGGCUUGGGCGGAUGGAUGAAUAUGGAGAACUUCAUCACAGGAUACCCUGGCUGUGAAUACCAGAUCCGGGAGGCGUUAGCAGAAGUAGUGGGGAAAGAGAAGUCAGAGUUCUUCUUCGACCGAUUUCUUGAAUACUUCUUCCAAGAUGAAGAUGCGAAAUUCUUCAAGAGCCUUGGCCUGAAUUGCAUUCGCAUUGCGUUCAAUUACAGACAUUUUGAGGAUGAUAUGAACCCUCGAGUCCUCAAGCCAGAGGGCUUCAAGCACCUCGACCGCGUGAUCGACGCAUGUGCUAAGCACGGGAUCUACACCAUUCUUGACCUUCACGCUGUCCCUGGCGGACAAAACACGGACUGGCACUCUGACCAUGGUACGCACAUCGCGAACUUCUGGAAACACAAAGAUUUCCAGGAUCGCGUCGUCUGGCUAUGGGAAGAGUUGGCGAAACAUUAUGUUGGGAACACGUGGAUCGCUGGGUAUAACCCGCUAAACGAGCCUACGGACCCUACGCAAACCACGCUGAUUCAGUUCUAUAACCGCAUCUACAAGGCCAUCCGAGACAUUGACCCUUAUCAUGCUCUUUUUCUCGACGGUAACACGUUCGCGUCGGAUUUUUCUCACUUUGGUGAUGCAUGCAAGAAUUGGGAAAACACUGCUUACUCGAUUCAUGACUACUCCCUCUUCGGCUUCCCCGCCUCUCCAGAGCCCUACGUGAGCAAUGAUACUCAGAGGCGUAGGUUAAGGCGCAGCUACGAGAAGAAGCGCGAGUGGAUGGACCAACGGGGUCUCUGUGUGUGGAACGGCGAGUGGGGCCCUGUAUAUGCCCGAAGAGAGUACGAGGGCGAUCGGAUGGAUGCGAUCAACGAGGAGAGGUACAGGGUCCUCAAGGAUCAGCUCGAUAUCUAUAACAAGGAUCGCUUGAGCUGGUCGAUUUGGCUUUACAAAGACAUCGGCUUUCAGGGCAUGGUGUACGUCUCCCGCGAGACUCCGUACAUGCAGUUGUUCAAGGACUUCCUGGCGAAGAAGCACCGGCUGGCCAUUGACGCCUGGGGCGCGGAUGACACGCACGUACGGAACGUGUACCAGCCGCUUAUCGAUCACCUCAAGCGUGAGGUGAAGCCGGAGCACCAGAACCUCUACCCCUUCCCGGUCUGGAAGCUUGAGGACCGUGUCGGCCGGCUGGCAAGGUGCAUCCUUGUUGCGGAGUACCUGGUGAAAGAAUGGGCGGAGCAUUUCAGAGGCAUGGACGAGAAGGAGCUGGACAAGGUAGCCAAGAGUUUCGCGUUUGAGAACUGUUUGCAGAGGGAGGGGUUAAACAGAAUCCUGACCGAAAAUGCCACCCUGGUAAAAGAAGCAUAGAAGAAGUCCCAGUGGAGAUUUGACUAUCUUGCAUGUGGACUACUGUAAUGUAUUUGUACCUGGAGGACUAAGUUCAGUCUUAUCAGAGUUCCGCUCAAGAUCCUCCAAAGCUAGGUACCCAGGCGGAUCUGGUUCGCG